GAUCUUGAAUUGGAGUAUGAGGGAGCAGCUCCAGGAUCCACCUCGACACAGCCAGUUAGACAAAACAUUUCUUUAAAACUGAAAGCAAAGAGCAAGUCUGCAAGCUCAUUGUCAUCUGGGAAAAGCAAGAAAAAGGAAGGAAAAAGUGGAGAAAAGUCUAGGACUGGAUCUGAAGGUAAAGAAGCCAAUUUUCUCUCAGUGCUGUGCAAUGUAUGUCCGGUUUUAAGCCUUGCUGUCAUGUUGUUUGCGUAGACAAGAAAUGUUACUUCACUUCUUUGUCUCCUCACCCAGGUGUAUAAAAAUGGGUACAUGUACCUGAGGCAUGGUUUGUGAAGGUCGUUGAGAGAGAGACACUCUUUUUUUUUUCAAACUUUUAUUAAAUACUCCACAGCGUUACAAUACUAACAUUACAUGGCAUUGCAUGAUAUUACAUUACAAUAAAUUACAAGCACAUUACAUUACAUUGCACUAUGAACUUAAAUGGUAAAAUAACUAUUCAAAAAAUGAAAAAUACAUUCUUAGUGCACACGACACUAGGGUACAGAGUCCAAAGGGAGAGCCCACUUCUCAUUAAAUUUGUCCAUUUUAUUAGUUUUAACACAUAUAUACUUUUCUGUUUCAUACUUAAUUUUAACCUUGGAUGAAAAGGCAGUUAUGACUGGAGGAGUCUGAUUUCUUCUACAACCCCAUAAGUAUAGUUUAGCGAUCAGUAUGAAAUAACUCAUUAAAGGGCAAUUUGUAUAUAAUAUUCCUGUAAUAACAGUUUGUAAGGUCAGACAGACGAAUUGUGGAAAGUCUUGUCACUUUAUCGGUUCCUUUCCAAAAAAAUUUAUAUAUCAUUUGAUUUAACUCUUUAACGAUUUCCUUGGGCACUGGCAGAAACAAGGAAAUGUAAACAAGUUUUGGUAUGGUUAAAGACUUGAUAAUUGUUACUUUUCCAUAGAUAGAAAGACCUCUCAAAGACCAAAUGUUUGUAAGUUUUUUGACUCUGUCCAAUCUCUCAAUAACAUUUUUUUCGUGCAAAACUUUGAUAUCGUAUGAGUAAUAAACACUGAGGGCUUUGAUUGGUUCAUCAGGCCAUUUUAUACAAAAGGUUUUGAAGUUUUAUCCCUAGAUGACCCAAUCCAUAUUCCUUCAGUUUUAGAUGAGUUAAUUACAAGUCCUGAUAAGUGCUUGAAUACUUCGCGAAGGUUAUAAGGGCCUGUGCCGAGUCAAUGUCAGACAGAAUGGCCGUUGUGUCAUCAGAGACACACUCUUGAUCAUCUCUGUCAAUAACAGCCUGACGCAGUGGAUUCCCUUAAGCUAUUAUGAGCAUACGAAAAUGGAAUAUAGAAUAUAGAACCAAUACAGUGCUUGAAAAAUCUUGAAGUCCAGCUUGUCCUUGGGACCAGCAGCUUUCCAGGCCACCUGAUAUAUAUUACGCGAUGGUGCGAUUUCGCACAAUUGACCUCAAAUCGCAUCCGAUCGCACAAUUUGAGGAAAAUCGCAUAAUUCGUAAGAAAAUGCUGAAUUCAAGUAAAGUAAACAAUGAAUUCUAACUUUAAUUAAACAUUUUCUUAACCUUAAUGUUAUUUAAGGUGAUUUACCACUAAAGAAAGUCUUGCAAGACAUCUGAACCCUUCCAUCGCGGUUUGACUUCAGGGACAACCAUUGUGGAGUGUGAUGGAACGGCGUGAUGUAAUAUUAAGCAAGGGUCCUUUUUAUUUUCCGGGUCAAACUAAUCAAACAAAUUUAACUAUUUUGUUUUAAAAUAGAUGUUUUAUUAUUCCUUUACAUUCAAAUUGCCUGUUAAACAACAUUAAAGUGGUUUUUCUCCUUUGAAACCUGGUAAAACGACGUAAAUUAGCCCUGAAAAAAUUGCAUAAUUUAUGGCGUAAUAGUCCUAUCUUAUUGCACAAUCUACCCUGAAAAUAUCGCACAAUUUCUGAUUUUUUAUCGCACCCUAUCAGAUGGCCUGGCUUUCACAUUUUGCUUGGUUAGGGCCACCUCUUGCUUGUCUUAGUUAUUUUAUAAGAAGAUGAGUUGUCUUGACCCUUAUUGGGCAAGUGAGCCUUAACAUUUACUUGUCUAGUAAGAAAAUUAAUCCACUUGACAAGGACUACUGGAUGGGACUUGUUUUGAGCCCUGCAAUAGAAAUUUGUUGCUGUUCAUUUCUCCACCUACUAAUUGUACAUGUAAACGUGUAUAUCCAGCAACUUGAAAUCUGAGCAACAGCCCUGCUUGAGGAAAUGAGCAACAUUGACAAGUUUUUCAUUUUAUUGUGCAUGUUUUUUUUAUUCAAAAGAGACAAUCAGUAUUACAGUGAAACCUUGAUUGUUUAACAAAGUCCUCGAUAUAAUGAACAAUUUUUUUUACCCCAGUCAAAGAAAGGUAUGAAAAAGAACUUUGAUAUAACGAAACCUCAUCGAUAUAGCAAACACAUUUUGCCAGUCAUUUGGCCCCUCGAUCGUUAAAUCAAGGUUCCACUGUACAGAUGUUUCUAGAACCUUCUGGAAAAACCUAACUGGAAAAACAGGUUUUUCAAGAAUGGUCUUUUUGUUGUUACAUCUUACCAGUUUUCACCCUUUUGUCACUAACUGAUCUGUCACAGAGUUCUCUUGUCUUUUGACUCAUAAAUAAAUUUCAAGUUGUUUUUGAAAACUUCCCAAGCUCUGGUAAAUUUAUGAAGUUGAAUGGCAACAAGGAUGUCCCUGUGAUGAGCUAGUAUCCCAUCAGGAGAGGUUAGCCAUACCGUAUUUAUUCGAUUAACCGCCCUGGGCGCUUAUUAAAUUUUUGGACCUUGAGAGUGGGCGCUUAUUCGAGGUGGGCGCUUAUUCGAGGCUGGGCGCUUAUUAAAUUUUCACCAUUUUCAGCAAAUGAAGUAGGUUUAUUUUGCAACAAAACAAUAAAUGCCAAUAACAAAACGCGAAGAGGUAACAAAUCAAGGUUUCUGUAAAAUACUCUGAAGAAAACUCCGUCCUCGGGGAAGUCUCUUAUUGGAACUUGUUCACUUAAGUGGGUGGGUUGGGGGUGAGCGCUUAUUUGAGUCUAAUUGGGAGGAGGAGGGGUGGGCGCUUAUUCGAGGCUGGGCGCUUAUUAACUUUUUCUGCCUUCAGCAUGGGCACUUAUUCGAGGUGGGCGCUAAUUCGAGGUUGGGCGCUUAUUCGAAUAAAUACGGUACUCCUACAGAGUAGAUGCUUCAUGCUACAGAAAUUAGGUUAGGCUCCAGCUGUUUGGGUGUAAAGAUGUACAUUUUGUAGGUGUGCCUCUACCUACUUUGCAUAGAGUUCCUCUGCCCUAUUGUUUGUUAAUUCUUGCCUUCAGUAGUGCUGUAAUUUAGUGUGUACUGUAAGUGACAAAAUUCUAUCCUUUUAGUAAAAGUUCUUAUAUUUUUUAAAAGAAUUUGUUAUUCAUGUGUACCAGCCACCAAGCAAAGUCUAUGAGUUUUUGUUAUGAAAACAAUAGAAAAAGAGUUGUUUGUUUGUUUACACAAAUCCUGGUCAAAAUUAUUUGAUUAUUUAAUUUUGCCUGGAUUUGUGUAAAAGUUAUUCAGGUAGAGGCCAUAGAGUAUAGUUAGGUUGUAAUGACAGGUUGUGCAGUUUUCAGAUGAUAAGAUUCAAGUAAAACCCAGUAAACUGCAUAUGCAGCAUUUCGCUAGAUUGUUAAGUUCAAGUACAAGUUCAUUUAUUCACACUUAUUCAAUUACAAUACAACAACAAUAAGAAAAAAAAAAGAAGUAAAAAUAGAGCCAAGUACACAUUGAAUUAAACACAACAAAGGAAGAAAACGUGUAGCAGCCAAAGGAGUCAAGCUUUCGAGUUGGCUACUACCACAGAGUGGUUACAUCUUGUUCAGUGUCAUAUUGUUGUAAAAGUCCUCUUAGUUGCAAGAAGCCCUGGAUAGUUAUUUUGUUCUUAUGUGUUUGUCAUAUCUAUUAGGUGACAAGGAAAGUAAAAGGAAACAGGAAUCCCCCGGAACAGCUGCAGCAGCUCAAGUGGUUGUCAUGAGAGAACUCAAGUGGGAUCAUCAAGUACAUGUUUGUACUAUUAAUUUUAUGAUUUCUGCUCUUUUAGCCCCAGUCACUUAGCCCCUAUUUGAAAGUCGUUUACCAUAAACGACCUAAUAAACGUCUACUUCUAAUUAAACACACCCUCAACGCUGUUAAAAUUUUAUUAGAUGCCCUCUGUAAUAAACGCCCCUGUCUAAUAGUUAGAUGGCUCCCCAUAAGAAUUACUCCAAAACACUAGGAAUUAGCAAAAAAGGUGCAAAAUCAUUCAAUUCAUUCAGUUGCUUGCUUGAUUAACAAGGACAAAUGUGUAUUUUAUCUUGUUCAAUGUGAAUUAAAAGUGCGGAUAGACUAACGAUGCCAACAGAAUAACAGUGAACGAGAAUUCUAACAUCGCUGUUGGGAUUUGAAAAAGAGCGAUAAUAUGGAUCUCUAGACGGCCUAUAGACAUAUCAAUUGAUGGAGUGGAUAUUCCACUAUUUUUAAACUCUCUUGAUAUUUUUGCUGAAAGCUUGUUACAGUUAUGAGAAUAAAAGCCUCUCUCUUUUAAAUGCCUCCUUUCUAUUAAAGGCCCAAACCAUGGACCCCUAGAAUUAACUAGACGCCCUGGGUGUUUAUUACGUCAUUUACAUUAAAGUGCCUAUCACCCGUAUUCAGUUAUAUUAAAUUUCGAACAUUUAAGUAAGUUAAAGAAUUUUUGCAAAGAAAUAAAGUUAUUUUGCGUUUCAACACACUUUUAUCAAAGGACGAAAUCGGCAAUUUGAGGCUAAUUUCUUGCCAUAUUUAUUCAAAAAGGAGUGAUUGAGAGACUGGGCACUAAAUGCUUGUGAUGUCAACCCAGUCGCCGAGUUUCGCCGAGAUACCGGGUUGACUUUAAGGUUGACUUCACAGACUACUUGACCCAGCCCCCAAUAAGGCGUGUUUUUUACUUCGUGAACUGGGAUUUUGGUCACUUGUUAAAAAUCGAGAUUGAGCUCAAAUCCCACUCUAUUGCUUGUUUUUGCAUGUUAUAUGUUUCUACUUCUUAAAAAGAAAGAUAUUGCCGAUGGGUUAUAGGCACUUUAAGUCAUUAUUUUUUUUCAUCAUAAAACUUUUAGCCCCAUACUUGUAGAUGAGAUAACUUAGGCUCUUACGUUUCUUUACGUUUUGACGAAAUUCAAAAUAGUAAAGCUUAUCCUCCUGUCUUCCUCACAGAUUUUGCCAAGUGGGAAAAAAGUGCAAGAUCCACUUCUCCACCUUUGUGAAAAGUGCUCUCUCCCUAUCCUUGUUUAUGGCCGACUGGUAUGUAUAACAAGUUUAAUUUACUUAUGUACUCCUUUACCAGUAUGCAAAGAAAGUCCUGUCCGAUAGCCCGGGACUAGUGGAUUUUGUUAUCAGGCUAGUGAAUUCUGUUCUCAAUUUACCUUAUUGGCAAAUGGAUUUUUUUAGGAAAUUCACAUUACGGGAAAACUGUAAUCAAUCCUGCUCAUGAAAAUUUUUUUCAGGUUAAUUAAAAUGGCUCUUGGGCUGGUACAAUGUACAUGCUACUUGCAGCUUGCACGUAUGGCAUGCUGUAAGACUGACUUUCUUUGCACCCUGUUUACUCCACGAGUUAGUGACAUAACCUCAUGAUGUAUGAAUGCACUGAGGCUCUUGUUUGUUAGUCUGUGGAUGAAGGUCUUGGUGUUACCUUUUAAAAUCUCUUUGAUGGAACCUCUGCAAGAUAAUUAUUUUUUUUGGAAUGAUUUUUCUGGAGCUCUCAGUUUUUCAUUUUUAUAACUCCAGUGUUAUUCUGCUGGUGUAUCUCCUAUGGUAUCUUGUGAUCAGUACUUGAACUGCUGUCAGUGACAAAAUUGUUGUAGAAUUUAGUGGUAUCCAGAUCAUUGAUUAUAGUGGAUAAUUGAUAAAAAACCCUCCAGUAACUGGAUAUUGAUGAGGCCUUAUACGCCUACUGGUGCGAUGAGACAUGAUGAUGAUGAUGAUGAACUGGAUAUUGAUCGUGGAAAAUGUUCACAUGAAUAUCCACCCAAAAUAAAAAUAAAUUAUAGUUGACAAAUCAUGUCUUUUAGAAUAUUAAAACCUGGGCACUGUAUUUUAAAUGUCUCAUACAGUGAUGCAGCUUUAAUGCAUUGAUGACCCUUUUCUGAUACCUUUCAUACAUGUAUGUUUUCUCAUGUUCUAAAAAUAAUGUGCAACAAUGGCCCUGUUUAACUCUCUAUGGGUUUGUAAGGGUAAGUUUGUUCACAUUCAAUUGUGCUCAUUGUGUUAAGAUGAGUAAAAGAAACAUGUAGUAAUUAUGAUUUAAAACGAGCAUUAAGUCCAAUUGUAAGUACAGCUUAAAAAUCUGGGUGUAUAGAAAAACACUUUCUACAUGACUGUCUUGUUCAUGUACCCUUCAAAAUUAAUAAUUUAUGCCUUCCUUGUCUUUAUUUCAGAGUCCAUGCAAACACUCUUUCUGUUUAACAUGCACAGAAAAGCGAAAUGGAAAAUGCCCAAUGAAGGUACAUGUAGAUUUAAAAUAGAUUUGUUUCAUCAUUUUUGUUACCUCAGUACAACUUGGUUUGCCAAAAAUGUUUACACUGGGCUAUAAGUACAUGCAGUGCUAUGUCACUAGAAACGUGGUUGCCUUUGGUUGUACAUAAUUUUCACUAAAAGUUACUAAAACUUGUUUAAUCAAGACCAGGCACUUCGGAGUUCGUAAAAACUUGUUCCAAAGGGUUUGUGAGUUCCAGAAACAGUUACAUUCAAUGCUAUGCCACCACAAGUGUGGUUGACCUUGGUUGUUCAUAAUUUUGACUUAGACUUGCUUAAUCACAAGGCUCUUUGGAGUUCUUAAAACUUGUUCCAAAGGGUUUGUGAGUCCUAGAACCAAUAAUAACUGGAAUUUCGAAGUGUGAGGUCGUUAGCAGGACUUGAAUUCGGGCCAAAUGGCAUAAAAAGAAUCUCAAAAAUUCGAAUGAUGAAAAAGAGACGAAAUUCAAAGUUUUGAUUGACGUACUGACGAGCCAUGCAGCUAAGUUGCUGAAAGUUGUUGUUCAUGGGUCCAGAGUUGUGUUAUUAAGAUCCAGCUAAUAAGUAGUCUCCCACCUCCCCGUUUUUGUCUUGUCACAUAACGCUCCUCCCGUUUCCCCUCCCUUUCAUGGGGAGUACUGUUGCGUGACGUGACAAAAACAGCUGCUUGAGAGACUAGUUUACUAGAUAAAAUGGGUAAAUAAUCAAAAUGACCAAAAUAGCCAAACAUUGUCCUUCAUCAGGGUCUCUGAACUCAUGUAAAUUUUACUUUAGGGGUGGGGAAAGUGUUCAGAGGAUUGAGCGAGCACCGCUGGGCAGUGUGUACAUCUAUGUUUCUUCAGUCAGCGGAAGCCGCUAUGGAAUCUCGGGGUGUCGUCGGAGUUAUUUCUCCCAGCGAGAUUCGCAGUCACACAUUAAGAGACGUCAUCAGAGAGAGCAGGGGGGAGGGGAGAGUGAUGGAGGAGAGGAAGCUGUGAAUGAGAUACAGCGUGCUAUGUUUCCUCAGGCAGCCCCCUUUUUCCCAGCCCCUCUACACGAGACCAUUCCCGCAGUGCCCCCGCUUCCCAUGUUGCCAGGGGAAAGACCCUUUGGCAAUGUAGGAACUGCACCAGUCAUGGUAAAGACUAUGCAUUAACUCUGUAAAGUUGAUCCUUUGCUACUAAACCCCUUGUAUAGCAAUUCCUAGUAAUCAAAAAUGAUGAUUUUUUCCCUGUCUUGUUGUGCAAUGUCUUUUAGGUCUCAUUAUGUUUGGAGGGGAGUUUUUGACAAGUUUUUUCCAAGAAGCUGGGGUUCAAGAACGUAUGAAAGAACAUGUCAUGGGAAAGAUCCACUAUGGAAAAUCAAGUAUGAACAACAUUUCAUAUAUUUAAGAAUUUGCUCGAUUAAGAGUCAAAGUGAUGUUCAUGUAUAAAUUCAUUUGGUUAAUAAGACCAAGUAUAAAAGUAAUUUUAAUUUUGGACAUAAACAGUUUGUAUUUUCAGGUAUACUUCUAAUGGAAGUACAUUUGUACACUAUUUACUGCCUGUGACAGAGGAGUUGUUUGCAAGUAAGUCAUACUCAGUGGUAACUGGCAUGCAUUAAAAUGAUCUCUUGACUAGCCAAUAACAAUAUCAAUUUGCAACUAUUCUUAAAUCAACAGGCUCCAGUUGUUCAAACAUUGGAUAGUGCUAUCCACCGGAUAAUAAUCUAUCUAGUGGAUAACGCAACUGGUUUCCUUAGUACUUAUCUGUUGGAUAGUGAUCUGUGCAGUGGAUAGCCCUAUCCAAUGUUUGAACAACCAGGGCCAGAUGUUGAUUACUGUUAAACCUCUAAAAAGUAGUCCCCAUUAUGUGGCCACCCUCUUUUUAGCAUACAUGUAGUCACCAGGACUACUAAAAUUGUCAGUAAAUCAUUGAAAAUAGAAAAUCUGUUAAUAUUAAGUGUUUACCUUGAAGGCUUUAAUUACCAAAUGAAUCAAUAGGGGUUAGAUUGUAGGUACAACUUGAAUUAAAUUCAAAUCCUACUUUGUAGCUGUCACUUCCUCAAAAAAAAUCAGCCGUAUUAAUUAUUUUAGUGGAAUAAGUGUGAACUGAAUUAUCAUCAUGAACCGGGUUUAUUUAAUUCUGCUUCCAAAGCCAUUUACAUAUUUUUCAAAAUGAAUCUUAAAUUUACCAGUAUAAAUAUAUUUUCGGUUUGUGAAUUUCAUGAAGACUUUUCAUAAUUAAUUUUGUCCUUACAGAUAUCAACAUUUUCCUGAUCAUCACGAGUUUAUAGAGGAUUUGUUGUGUCACUCAGAUGCUGUGGAGGACAUUGAUAUUUUCACCUUAUGAUGAAUGUAUCUUUAAAUAUACUUUUAAUUCUCAGCAGACAUGAUUGUGCAUAGCCUUAUAGAACAUAACCAACAUUUCAGGUUGCCACCUACAGUUUCUUUGCAAGGUUAUAUCUGAGGAACGAGCAUAGAAAUUCUGUUAUACUGAUGAUGUGUCACUACUCUCUACCCAGAUCUAAGUACAAGUAGUGGCCAGUGCCAGAUCCAGACCUUGAGAUAAGGGAGGGAGGGGACCCGGUCGUCCAGACCCUUAGAUAAGAAGGGGGCGGGGGUCCGGUCUCCCAAAAAAUUUUUUUUCAGCCCUCAGUUUGGUCUAAAAAUAAGGGGGGUGGGCCUCCUGGGCCCCUCCCCUGGAUUCGCCACUGGUGGCACAUCAUCAGUAUAGAAUUUAAGAAUAUUUAUGGAGAUCAGUCUGGAGACUUUGUAGGUGGAUAUUGGGCUUAAAGGGGUAAGGGCUUUGAUGUACCAGUGGCACAUCCUCACUUAAAAAUACACAGUAAGAGUAAUCUCUCUUGUUCCCUAGUUUGACAAUGCUUUCAUUUUGUUCUCCUUAAUAUAACUUUCUCAAUAGAUUUAGUAACAGCAUCAAAGGACCAAACUGUUGGUGUAUAUCGACUGGGACCACCAAGCCAUGGCAUUACAGAGUAUGGAGAGAUAAGAUAACAACAGAGUACAUACCAGCCUUCUGUUGACUACCUGCAAUCACCUAAAGAUCCAAAAGUCAGGGUCAACCCCUCAGGAAAGGGGUCUGAAAAUUCAGGGGUGUUGGAUUUUGUAUAAAAUGUUCUGGAUUCUUAAUGGGAUGUGGCCAUCAUUGUUGACAUAUGCAAGCUAUGAUCAUGGAAAAGAAGCCAUCAAAUUAUCAUAGUAUAAUGGUGGUGACUCUCAGUCCACAAAAAUAGCCUUGGCCAGUCACAUGUAGUAAGCUUGUUUGCCAUGUUUGAUCAGAGGGCUACUAACUUACAUUUGGGGAAAAGUGAGAUAUUAUGCAAUCUGAAUCUGGAAUAAAGACUUCUCAAGCUCAUUAAUAAUUCAUAAUUCAAGCCCACCAGUCAACACCUGUAUACUACAUCACAUGGAUGCGUUUGGAUACCCAAUGAAAAAGUAGACGAAAAUCUUUAAAGAUUUGGAUACAUUAUCCAAAUGUUGACUGAUUCUAGAAAAAUCAUGUGACAUGAAUAAAUUAAUUCUACGUAAAUAAUGUCUCAUGCAAACAACAAACAUUUAUUUCUUUUAAAGAAUGUGACAGAAUAGUUGGGUAAUUCACAUAUUAUCACAGUUCGGAAUGUCCCAAAACUACAGGAAGAAACAACACAAGUUGCACAUACCGGUAGUUAAAAUGCAAAGCACAAAUAAAACCUUUCAAAAUCAGUUGAAAUGAUACUUUUUGUCACUAACAGCCAAUGGAUUUAAUGCAUCCUCACCAUUUUUCUCUACCAGGAAACGUUUUAAGCCACAGACAAUCGGCCAUAAAGCGUCCGAGUCUUGCCAUUCUAGAAAAAACUGUAACGCUCAUUUGUUCUUUUAAACUGUAGAUUUCAGAACAGAAUUGAUAACAAACUCUUUUUGCUCGUCAAACGUUUUGGGUGUCUGAAACAUUGAACUUGAUUCAUCCAUGUCGCACAAAAGCUGAACAUGAUAAACACCAAAUUAAGUUGGAUGACUCCCAAAUAAUACAUUCCAUCCAAACAGUUGUUAUCACACUCUAUAGCUAUAUAGCUAUUGUUUAACCCUUUAAGUCCCAGUAGUGAUCAACAUCAAUUUUCUCCUGAGGAUAUCCAUAGAUUGGCCAGAGAAAAGGUUAUGAGAGUGACUAUGAGAGUUAAUAAAAUGAUCACCAGAGAGAAAAUACCUUGAUCUUUUAUCAAAUUCUCUCAACUAAUUCUUAAAGGAAAUAUAUAGAGAUCAGUUUCGAGAAUUUUUAUGUGGAUAUUGGGGCUUAAAGGGUUAACCACAAAAACGAAGCAACAAUAAAUGAAUAAUAAUAGUCAGCCACUUGCUUAACAAACUAUUCCAAAAACUGGUGCUUUGUGCUUCAUCAGGGUAUCCAGACACCUCAGAACAAUAAAGGCACGAGGCUGAAGUUCUCAGUGUCUGGAUACCCCGAUGAAGCUGGCUCGCACUCGUUUUUGAUACAUUACUUAAAAGUUAAUCAACAAGUGAUUAUAAUUAUCAAUUUUGAUUAUUAUCCCUAGUAGCCAAGGUGCAGUUACUUGUACAUUGUCUAGCAAUCAGUCCAGUACUUCAGGAUUUUCAAGCCGCUAGCCUUAAAAGAAAUCAGUCUAAAGGACGAGGAUAUUGUUGUUAAGAAAAGCUUGCCCUUACUCAGGACUGGCACCAAGGGCUGGGGGCCUGGGAUUUCUCCCGUGGCUGGCUGCUAUGAGCAUGAUCACUGGCUACUUUUAUAAGGAACAAAAGAAAAACAAAACCCACCAAUCAUCCUAGCUAGUUGUUUAAUUCCCCACCACCUACUAAUUGCAUAUACCCAGUAACUUGAUAUCUUAGUGCCAGUCCUGCCUUACUGUUAUUUGGAUCCUCAGAAACUUUCCAACAAGGAUGUUGUCUGGAUUACAAUAUUAAUAUAAACCCCAGUGGGUGUAACACAGUAAACACAAAAAGUGUAAUACUGAGUAUUAAAGAGUUCCUUACAAUGAAAAUUGG